AUGCUGGCUCUUAAUUCGCUUUCAGAUAAUCAGAAAUCUCAGUUGCGGAAUGCUUUUACACUCAUCGAUGGAGACUCUAGAGACUCCACCAUAACAAAGUCAGAUUUGACUCGAUUGUAUAAGAAUUUGGACAUGAAGGUUCCCAGUAAUGCAGAUAUAAGUAAGAUGCUUAGAGACGCAGGAGCAGAUGGGAAAGAAGGAAUCAACUUUACUCAGUUUCUGAAUACUAUGGCAAAAGAGCUUCUGAAAUUUAAUGACCGGUUUACGAUCUAUAACUCGCUUAAGGCAUUUGCUGACGAAGGCGAACAUAAUGAUUCACAAGAUUUGCUUAUAGAUGUUGAGAAGUUGAAAGAAGCAUGUUGUUCUGUUCAGCUUGGUGAGAUAGGCUCUGGUGAUCACAGGUUAUCAAGAACUGCAUUUGAGAAUCUCGUCAAAGGAUUUGUUAAAGAGCAGUCAGAUGGUAAGAAAGUAUUGAAUGCUAACCAGUGGCUUGCUGCCUACAUAGACUAA